GGAUGUCCGGGAACUUGUCAGGCGCGCUCUGAGGCCCUCCUUCAAGGUGGAGCCGGCGUUUCGUCACGCCCCUCAAAUCAACUUCCGCUCGGGGGAAGCGGCUUCCGGGCUCUUUAGCGCCCUGCGCGGUGCCAUGGCUGAGAAGCAGUCGCUGCGGCUGUUGUGCCUGGCGGGCUUCCGUCAGAGCGAGCGGGGCUUCCGCGAAAAGACUGGAGCUCUUAGGAAGGCGCUGCGGGGCCGUGCCGAGCUCGUGUGUCUCAGCGGCCCGCACCUGGUCGCGGACGCAGCGGGCCCCGAGAGCGUCGGGCCAGAUUCCGGGCCCUGCCUUCCGGAGGAGCAGCCUCGAGGCUGGUGGUUUUCAGAACAGGAGACAGACGUUUUCUCUGCACUGAAAGAGCCCGCGGUGUGCAGAGGUCUGGAGGAAGCCCUGGGGACGGUGGCACAGGCGCUGACCAACCUGGGGCCUUUUGAUGGGAUCCUUGGUUUCAGCCAGGGGGCCGCGCUAGCAGCCCUGGUGUGUGCACUUGGCCAGGCUGGGGAUUCCCGCUUCCCCUUGCCACGGUUUAUCAUCCUGGUAUCCGGUUUCUGUCCCCGAGGCCUUGGCUUCAAGGAAUCCAUCCUGCAGGGCCCCUUGUCACUGCCUUCGCUCCAUGUUUUUGGUGACACUGACCGCAUCAUCCCCUCUCAGUCAAGUAUGCAACUGGCUGGCCGAUUUGCUGGAGCCAUCACCCUCACCCAUUCUGGUGGCCACUUCAUUCCAGCAGCUGCACCCCAACGCCAGGCCUACCUCAAUUUCUUGGACCAGUUUGCAAAGUGAAAGAUCCCUUAUAUCCCCUACAUGACCUUUGGGCAGCUUCUGUAGUCUCUUCCCUCCCUUUUUCUCUCCCCUGGAACCUCAAUGCUGAUAGAGUUCCUCACCAUCACCAAUUAAGAGACAAAUAUGAAUUCUUUAGAUUUUACAAGCCCAGCUCUGCACUCAAGAAAAAAGGGAGCAGAAGAUCUUAAUGGACUUUCAUCUUAACAUGUGACACACAUGAAAAAGGCCAGUGGAGCCCUAGAUGAAUGGAGGGUAACAUGGGAAAAGCUGGGGCUGGCACCACUGUGACUGCCACACAAUAAAGUGUGAUUUGGA